UCUGGCCUCAGCUCUGAGCUCCAACCCCUCCCACCUGAGAGAGCUGGACCUGAGUUACAAUCAUCCAGGAGACUCCAGAGUGAAGCUGCUGUCUGCUGGACUGGAAGAUCCACACUGGAGACUGGACACUCUCAGAGUGGAGCCUGGUGGACUCCGAUGGUUGAGACCAGGUCUGAAGAAGUAUUCCUGUGAACUCACACUCGACACAAAGACAGUACACAGAAAGAUCAAACUGACUGACAACAGCAGGAAGUCAACAUAUGUUAAGGAGGAUCAGUCAUAUCCUGAUUAUCCAGACAGGUUUACCUAUUGGCCUCAGCUGCUGUGUGGAGAUAGACUGACUGGUCGCUGUUACUGGGAGGUCGAGUGGAGAGGAUGGGUUGAAAUAUCAGUGAGUUGCAGAGGAAUCAGAAGGAGAGGAGACAGUAAUGACUGUUUGUUUGGAAUGAAUGGUCAGUCCUGGAGUCUGAUCUGCUCUGACUAUUUUGGUUAUACUGUCUGUCACAAUAACAUAAGAACAUCCAUCUCCUCCUCCUUCGCCUCCUCUGACAGAGUAGCAGUGUAUGUGGACUGUCCUGCUGGCUCUCUGUCAUUCUUCAGAGUCUCUGACACACUGAUCCACCUCCACACCUUCAACACCACAUUCACUGAACCUCUUUAUCCUGGCUUUGGGUUCUGGACAUAUGGUUCCUCAGUGUCUCUGUGUUCUCUAUUAGAGAAUGAGAUGUUUACUUAUUGAGUGUGUUUUUAUUUCUGUAUUAAUUUUGAUUGUGGCAGAUGCGGUCCUCCAUAGCUGUAAGCACAUUUAUCAGCAUGUUGACUCAGAAUGUUGCUUUUCUUAUCAACAUCUUACUAUCAGGGCUGCAAACUCAUCUGGGGAGAUGUUUUCCCCGGUUCAGUUAGUUUUGGUUUGUUUUCACACUGCAAUCAUGAAAGCGCUUUACAUGAUAUACUUGCAUCCUGUCGUCAUUAUCUAUGUGGGCAGCGUCUCCCUAUACUUGACAUGGAUUGGUUUGUAAAAAGACGUUUGCCUGAUGUUAGCGUGCUGUCAGUUGCGCAGGUGGCUUUGAUAAGAAUGUCACGUUAUAUUUUGUCCUUAAUGGUCCGAACAAUAUGAACUAUUUUGUGCAGCUUCUCAUCGUACUUGGAAGGUUCCACAUCCACAUAUCAAAAUGAACUCCAAACCUGCUUCAAUUACUGCUGAACUGAAACACUAAUGCACCUCAAUGAAACACUUAAAAAAUUAAAAAGCGAGAAAAGCUCCAAUAUUCUGGAAGAACUGAAUUUAUUUGAGCUUCUGGUGAUGUAAGAUGUAUUUUAUUAAUUGUAUCCUUUGCAUAUUUCUUUGUUGUAAUGAACAUUGCAUUAAUAAAAAAAAGCUUUGGCAAGAACUUCAUUUUGAUUCGGACCGAGGCUACCUCUUUUUUUGCUUGGACCAAAUUUCGUCAGUUUGGUCAGGACCGUGGUCUGGGGAAAGUUUCACACCUGUAAUUUUGUUUCGGAUCAAACUGAAAA